AUGUUGGAAUGGAUUCGAAGUUCAAUUGAUCAGAACCUCCCGCCCAAACCCGUAUGGUCAGUUGACCAAAUCCCUGAUCUCUCGGGCAAAGUUAUUAUUGUAACUGGUGGAAACACUGGGAUUGGGAAAGAAACCAUACGAGCACUACUCGCUCAUAAUGCGACCGUAUACAUGGCCUCGAGGAGCGAGGAACGCGCUCGAAGUGCGAUCGCAGAGUUAAAGGAGGCCACGGGGAAGGAGCCCUUCUUCCUGCGUCUGGAUCUAGGAAAUUUGGCCAGUGUACGGAGAGCAGCUGAAGAGUUCUUGAGCAAAGAGAAGCAGUUGCAUGUCCUCAUAAACAACGCCGGCGUGAUGUACCCUCCCAUAAGCCAAGUGACGGAUGACGGCUACGAUAUGCAGUUUGGGACUAACGUUAUCGGACACUUCCAUUUCACGCAGUUGCUCCUACCUGCACUCCUAUCGGCGGCCCAGUCUUCCCCAGACAAGCAUGCUCGUGUCGUCACGGUCUCUUCGUGGGGACACGAAUUGUGGCCUGGUUUGAAAUACGAUACCUUCUCCGACGGACCCGCAAGACGCAAAUGCUCUACCCAGUAUCUAUACAGCCAAAGUAAAUACGGAAAUGUCGUUGUCGCUCGGGAAUUGGCUAGACGAUAUGCUGAUCAAGGGAUUGUAUCAACCGCCCUGCACCCUGGGUCUAUCAACUCUGAACUCGCAAGACAUACACCAGGAAUCAACUUCUGGGGCAAGCUCCUUGCUUAUCUUCUUUAUGACACCGCUCACGGUGCGCUUACACAACUGUAUGCUGCAACAGCACCCGAGGCGGCCGAUUUUAACGGCAAGUACCUCAUACCGUGGGCAAGGCUCGGUAAAGCUAUUCCAUCUACCCAAGAUCCCGAAGUAGCGGCCAAACUUUGGGCGUGGCUUGAAGCAGCGGUUGCCGAUAAAUGA